CGUCCGAAUUGACAAAAACCGUAAACGUCACCCACAGCCCCGCUCACCGCCAGUCCUUCGUUCUUUCGUCACACCGCAUCUAGCUAGUCCGCGCAUCUAGUUCAACUCUCGUCGCUCUUUCUCACACACGCUAUUGUAUCGUCAUCUGCAAGGCAACCAAGCAGCUUAGAAGUGCGCAUCUCACGCUAUCGUGUAUCUAGGGACGGGAUGUGAUCAGGCCAGUAAAGUUCUUCGUGAACGGCGCAAGAGAGUAGGAACUUGCUAUCGGAACGUCGAUUUUUUAGGCGAAUAGGAACUUGCUAUCGGAACGUCGAUUUUUUAGGCGCCUCAAAAGUAGACUCCUCACGCAGGAGAGUAGGAACUUGCUAUCGGAACGUCGUUAGCAGAAAGCAGAAAGGAGGGCGCGCCAUACGCGUUAUUAGCACGAAUAGCACGCGCAAAAUAGUUUCUGGUCCUAGUGAGCCCAUCCUUAGUCUGGCACGCGUUGAAGCCCUCAGUGAGGAGCCACCAGAAAUACGCGUAACUCGAUAAAUACGCGUCUAUCCAUAGCUCCAUCGUAACCUCUACCCGAGCACCUCCAGUCUCUUCUACCGCCUUGAGACGGACUAACGAAUGGCAUCCGCACACGCGCCUGGUAGCGCGCCGCUUCCCCCGCGCGUGGUGCGCGAGGUGGCGCGGGAGCUGAAGGCGCUGCAACAGUGCGCCCUGGACGGCAUCCGCGUCACUGUUCACGAUGACAGCAUCGCAACCGUCCAUGCGGAGAUCGACGGCCCUGUCGGCACGCCGUACGAGGGCGGGGUGUUCCGCAUGAAGCUGUUGCUCGGGCGAGACUUCCCCCACGCCGCCCCCAAAGGCUUCUUCCUGACGCGCAUUUUCCACCCCAACGUGGCCAAGAGCGGCGAAAUCUGCGUGAACGUGCUCAAGAAGGACUGGAGGGCCAGCCUCGGGCUUAAACACGUGCUGCUGGUGGUGCGGUGCUUGCUCAUUGAACCUUAUCCCGAGUCCGCUCUAAACGAGGACGCCGGGAAGCUGCUUCUGGAGGACUAUAACGCGUAUGCCCGCCACGCCCGGCUCUUCACGUCCAUUCAUGCCACCCCUACCGCUCAUUCAAUUCUGACGUCCGGGGGAAAGGCCAAGCAGCAGCCCCAGCAGCCCCUGCAGCAUGCUCAACACGAGCUUGUGAAAAAACCUUGCCAGAACCAGCAGGGUGAAUGCACGCAGUCAACCCAACCUACUGCAGCAGUAGCAGCAGAGAUUGUGGGACAGGCAGCAGCUGACCCUCCUACAGACUCUGCUGCUACUGGUGCUGCGUCUGUUGCUGAUACUGUGGCGACUCAUGGCGACAUGAGCAGCACUCCACUUAUCCCACCUGUUGCUGCUGCAGCUGCUGCUUCUGCUGAGACAGGUGGUAACAAUCCUGCUGGCAAUGUCUCAUUGGUUCAACAUGCCCCCCUGGCAACCAAUAGGUCGCUUGCUAAUGCCGACUCAAGAAGGCAGGCGAAGGCAGGAAACAGCUCACCAGGCAUAGUGGAACAUGAAGCAGCAACGAGCACAGGAUCUGGUUCUGUAAAGGCCAAAGGGAAAGGAGAGAACACAGGUCGGGGUGGAGCGGACAGGAAGGCUGAUUUGAGAAAGAAGAGCCUACGGCGACUGUAGUUGUGAAGUGUUACUCGGUUUAUCGUAUUCCCUUUCGUGGGUUGUAAUUAGUGUGUCCUUGUGCCAAGGUCAUAACGUCUUUUACUUGAUUUUGUGAUGAUGUUGAUACACAACGUACACGGUAGUUCAUAUAUUUAGGAAGUGUGAUGUAGUGACCGUGUAUUGUACAAGUAUCCAAGCUGUUUUC